AUGUCCUUCCAACAACAACAACCAUUUAAUCAAAUGCAGCAAAUGCAACAAAUGCAAAAUUAUCAAAGACAACAGCAAAUGCAAAUGAUGCAAGAUCUUCAAAUCAAAGAAGCUAUGGAAUUAUUCAACGAAAUGGUGAGACAUUGUGUUGAUAAAUGUAUUGAAGAUCCAAAAGGAGAUAAAUUGGAUGAAAACGAAAAGGCUUGUGUUGUCAAAUGUGGAGUGAAAUAUAUCAAACAUAAUAUGCGUGUUACGGAACGAUUCCAAGCUGGUAUGCAAAAUCAAAAGUAA